AAUAUACAGAAAAACUGAAGUCAUCCAUUAAACAGCAAACCGAUUUUCUGUUGUCAGAGGAAGAAGACAAGAAAAUUAGAACCGAUGACAUCUUUACGAGUGCGACUAUCCAACGCGGUCCAAAACACUUCAAGGAACCCGAAGAAAGGAGAUUUGGCAGCAGGCAAUUGGAUGAAAUUCAAGCGAGUAGUAAAAAACUCGUGAACUGUUCAGAAAUGUUUGUUUGCCCAGAAAAUGAUGAUCAGAAAUCCACAGCUUCUUGUACGACCAAUCCUAAAUCUAUCUUGUUGACGGGCAAAGCAGGAAUUGGAAAAUCCCUUUUUUGUCGCAUGCUGGUACGGGAUUGGUCGCAUGACCGAUUGUUUGAGGAAGGUCAAGAAAAUGCCAAAGUACCUGAUUUUCAGUUUGUGUUCCUGUUGACAUUCCGUCAACUUGUUCUUCCAGAAAAAAAAAGGCUUGACUUACGUGAUAUCUUAAAUCGGUCUUCCCUACUGAACGAGCACUCGGUGAUAGACGAGCCAUUACUGCAGUACAUGAUUGACAAUCCUGAGAAGCUGCUCAUCAUACUCGAUGGGUAUGAUGAGUAUAAACAACGAAAGAAAAUCACCGGGGACUUUGAGACAAGAUAUUCAAACGACCCUGAUGAAAAAAUACCUGUUCCUGCUCUGAUUGCCAAAAUCAUGAAAAGAAAGAUGUUAAACGGUGCAGUGGUCCUGAUAUCCUCGAGGCCUGGCGAAGCCGAGGAAUUAAAAAAACAUGUCUUUGAUGUUAGAUGUGACAUUCAAGGACUUUCUUCACAACAAGUGCUAGAAUACAUCGAAAACUCACCUCGAGUCUGA